AUGUUCAAGUGUACAAUGCCCAGAGUGAAAAAAUGUCUCAUAUACAUCGGAAUAGCUGCCUUCCUCCACCAGCUGCCGCGGUUCUUCGAUCACCAGUACGUGCCACACGUGACAGUAUGGCGUGGACAUUUCGAAGAAGUUUGCAGGGUACAAAUGGCGCCAUGGGUUACAACGGUCUCACUCGACGCCUAUUUCAUAACAUAUUUCGCGUUCCGUGUACUAUUCGUACAUUUAAUACCAUGCACAUCAUUAGUCGUACUAAACGUCCUACUCUUCAGAGCGAUGAGAACCGCACAAAUUAAUCGACAGAAAUUAUUCAAGGAAAACCGUAAAUCCGAAUGCAAGCGUCUCAGAGACUCGAACUGCACAACGCUAAUGCUUAUCGUUGUCGUAACAGUCUUCCUAAUGGUCGAAAUACCGGUAGCGGUCGUUACUGUACUACACAUAAUUUCUAGUACCCUAGUAGAAAUAUUGGAUUAUAAUAUCGCUAAUAUACUUAUAUUGAUAACUAAUUUCUUUAUUAUUGUAUCCUAUCCUAUCAAUUUUGCGAUAUACUGUGGCAUGUCACGGCAAUUUCGUGAGACUUUUAAAGAAUUGUUCAUAAGAGGCGCUGUGACUAGCAGAAAUGGUGGGUCGAGUAGAUAUUCCCUUGUAAACGGUCCUCGGACGUGUACUAACGAAACAGUUCUUUAAAAUGUAUAUAAAAUGUAUAUUAAUUGUUUGUCGAUUGUAGACAUAUCAAUUUUAUUUUGACAGAAAAUUUAGCGCGAAUUAUUUUAUUUUAUUUUAUUAUCUGUGUUCUCGCUUGUAGGUUACUUGAUGUUUUUAUAUAAUGGCAAUGUAUGAAGUAAUUAAUAAAUUAUAUUAAAAGUAUAUUUCAUAUGUAUUGUAAGUUAACAAUAGAUACUUUUUCGUGACUGUACGGUUACCAUAUCAUUAAAAAUCGGUAUAAAAAUUUGUUAUCUGUGUAUUUUAGUCAUAAUAAAUGAUAUGCUAAUCGCAGAGCCCUUUAAAUGGUGAGCCCCCAUUUAGGAAAAGUAUCGAUGUAAAUAAAAAAUAUAUAAUCUGUAAGUUCGAUUUUUUUAAUAUGUAUUCUGUAAAAAGGAUUUAAUGUUGUAAAUAAAUUUGUAUGAAUUUUAAGAGUCUAAUAUGUUUUUAGAUAUAAAUUUAGAAAAUAUAAAUAUAUUAUAUUAAAAUAUAUAGUCUAUAAUAUGUUGUAGGUGAAAGCUUUUUGUGUUACAAAUACUGCGGUGAACGUAGACUUAAGUAAUAUAACAGAACUAAACUUUUGUAUGUUGUUUUAUGGACCAUAGCGAAUUGAAAUCUGUUGUACAGGAAUGAUUACUAUAAUAAAAGAUGUGAAACAAU